AUAGGCAGUUGGUGUGGAUGGAGCCGGCGGCUUGGCUCGUGGAGCCACAGUGCAAGGGCAGAAGAGCCGCAUGCGGCUCUCCAGCCGCAGGUUCCCUACCCCUGUUCUAGCCACUUUUGACUGGGGCAGGGGCUGAGGAGAUCAAGGCUGAGGAGGGGCUGGGGAUUUGGGGAGAGCCCCCCCGCCCUUCGGCCUCCUUUUCUUCUUGGCAACCAGUCCCCAAGAGGCCUUUCCUUCCUUCCCUUGACAUCAGGAUCCCAAGCAAUGCACCUGCCUCCUUUGCUCCUUGGGAAACAGAGUGAUUGGAGGGCCUGAAGCUGCCGAUGGCUUACCUCAGAAGGACUCGGGCCUUUUUGUGAAACUGCACAUUCAAGGGCAGCAAGAAACUCCUGAAAAGAAAGAACAGACGGCACCCCAGGGCAGACCAUAGAUGCAAUCUGUUAAUCUUUACUGGGCUGGAGGGUCAGAAGUCAGAAAAUAGUCCCAAACAGAAAGAAGCUUCUCUUCAUACCCUUGUGAGAGGCGACCCUAUAGAAGAAGAAGAGGCAACCCUAUAGAAGAAGAAGAUGGAAGAACAGGACCCAGGAGGACCUGGACUUGGCAAGAGAGUGAGGAAAGACCCCCAUCCUAUGCAAGCUGGGAGUGUUGUUGCAUUCUGGGAGAGAGCUGUGCCAGAGGUCUGGGAUCAGAAGCCCCUAAACUCUGAAGUACGUUGCCAAUAUUUCCGGCAGUUCCACUAUUAUGAUGCAGAUGGGCCCCGAGAGGUUUGCAGCCAGCUCUAUGGACUUUGCAACCGCUGGCUGAAGCCGGAGAGGCACUCCAAGAAGCAGAUCCUGGACCUGGUGAUCCUGGAGCAGUUCCUGACCGUCCUGCCCCAUGAAAUGCAGCUCUGGGUCAGAGGAUGUGGGCCGGAGACCAGUUCCCAAGCCGUGGCCCUGGCCGAGGGUUUCCUCCUGAGUCAGGCAGAGGAGAACAUGCUGGCAGAACAGAGGUUGGGUCUAUCCGUGAAGAUGGAACCCAAGUUGGAAAGAGCUACGUUGGAGGAAGGGAAUCCGGGACAGGCCCAGGAAUGUGCCCAAGAUGUCCUCUCACAUGGCAGUGAAGAGGAAGCGUUGACCUGUUCUGUUUGUAGAGGGGUGGAAGCAGCUGUAGAACCUCCAGUCCAGUCUCUGGUUUCCUUUGGGGAGGUGGCCGUGUAUUUCACAGAGGCAGAGUGGGCAUUGCUGGAUCCAGACCAAAGAGCUCUUUAUGAAGACGUCAUGCUGCAGAACUAUGCGAGCGUGGGUUCUUUGGGAGCCAGGAAUGUAAUAAAGGCUAUGGUGGAGACAGACAAAGGCCUCACAUCUGAAGAAAUGCAAAAAAAAUUCUUAAGAGGACCUGCAGAGAAUGUUUCCUUCCCCGAUGAGCUGACUGCAACAGCACAUGUAGAGGAUGUGGCAGUAUUCCACAUGUCCUCUGUAGAAAAAUACAAGCAUGAAAUUUCUGAAGGAAAUUUUGAGGAAAGAGAUGGCCCACCAAGGCAGGAGGGAAACCAUGCAGACAAGACAAGGGAUAAACCCGUUCAAUCCGAAGGCUUUUUUGAAAUCUCAGAAUACAAGUGCAUAGAGUGUGGAAUAGAUUACUCAGAUCAAAGCCAAUACAAGAUCCAUUUGCAAAUGCACAGUUUAAAGAAGAUGCACCAAUGCUUGGUGUGUGGCAAGACAUUCCUUUGCAGAGUAGAACUCCUUAGGCAUCAAAUAAAACGGAAAAGAGAGAAACCUUAUAACUGCUCAGAUUGUGGCAAAGCCUUCCCAAAAAAAUCAUAUCUUUUUCAACACCAAAGGACUCAUUCAGGAGAGGAGCCACUAAUCUACUUGGAGAGGGAAAUGACCUUCUGUGGUAAAAGAAAGGGUAAUGUACACAUUCCAAAUAACAGUAUACUGAGUGCACAUGAAUGCUUUUGGUGUGGAAAGUUCUUCAGCAGCAGAUCAAAGCUACUUGUGCACCAAAGACGUCACACAAAAGAGAGGCCUUUUGAAUGCUCAGUGUGUGGAAAGAGAUUCAGUCAGAGUAGCACUCUGCAGCAGCAUCAAAGAAUACACACAAAGGAGAGGCCUUUUGAAUGCUCAGAGUGUGGAAAGAGAUUCAGUCAGAAUAACACUCUUCAGCAGCAUCAAAGAACACACACAAACGAGAGACCUUUUGAAUGCUCAGAGUGUGGAAAGAGAUUCAGUCAGAGUAGCACUCUUCAAAAGCAUCAAAGAAUUCAUACAAAGGAGAUAUUUUUGAAUGCUCAGAGUGUGGAAAGUACAUAUAUACAUACAUAGCCUUUAUUGGCAUAUACAUUUAUCAUAAAAUGACAACACAAAAUACAAUAAAACAACUAAUAAACUUUUUAAAAAUCAUGAAUGAUCUCAGAAAGAAAUUUUGCAACUGGAACAUACUGCUUUCCUUUUAUAAAGAAAAAUCUAGCUAUUGCAUUUGCACUCAGAGAGACUUUCGCUGAUACCAUUUUAUAGUGGACUGACCACGAUAGAUUAUAAGUAAACAAGAUUCCUAAAUACUUAUAGUGCUUUACUUGUUCAAUUUGUUGUCCAGCAAUUUUCCAGGUUAAUUUCUUCCAUGAAUUGGCAAAAAACAUAUUUGAUUAAUCAAAACUCAGUUCUAACAUAUUUUCAGUAAUUAUUUAUAUAGUAAACGUGUAAGGCCAAUUCUAGUCUGUGAAAUUAGGACUGUGUCAUCUGCAUAUAGCAAGGCAGGUAUAUGCUAAUCUUUCAGGUUGGAACCGUGUCCGUCUAUCUUUGCUGAUUCGAUAGGUAGAUCAUGAAUAUAGAUGUUAAGCAGAGUUGGUGCAAUUAUGCAGCCCUUUGUUAUUAGGAAUACUUUCAGUAAGGAAACCAUCGUGUGUACUUUACUUGACACGACGUGUCUGUAUACAGCAGUCUAAUCAUAAUAAUAAAAUAUAAACAUAAUA